GUGGGGAUGGAAGGCCUCUAGCAGCGAACCCUUGCAAUGCCGGCGCCCCUCAGUCAAUUCGUACUGAAGGGCUUCUGUUCCGUUAGUGUCUUCUUAGUGGUGCUCCUCCAUCUACCCGAAAACCUCGGACUGCCCAGUGACAUACACAUAGGUGGGUUGUUCGACACAGAAGAUGACGAGCAAGAGCUCGCGUUCCGCAUCGCGGUUGACAAAAUCAAUGCCGACACCAGUGUCUUACCUCGUUCACGAUUGGUCGCACAGGUGGAAAAAGUCGGCAUCGAUGACAGUUUUAGGGCAACAAAGAAAGUGUGUUCCCUCCUGGAGACGGGGAUCGCCGGCAUCUUUGGUCCCCAAUCAGAUGUCACGAGCAUGCACGUGCAAUCUAUCUGCGAUGCCAUCGACAUCCCCCACGUAGAAACCCGAUGGGACUUCCAGCUGCAGCGCGCCGACAUGUCCAUCAACCUCUUCCCCAGGCCCUCGGUGCUCAGCCAGGCUUAUGUCGACCUUGUCAAGAUCUGGGGUUGGAGGAGCUUCUCUCUGGUCUACGAUGAGCACGAAGGUGUGAUUCGUUUACAAGAUUUUCUGAAAGAAGCACAGAUCAAUGAUUGGCGAGUCCAACUCUAUCAGUUUCGGCCUUCCCACGCGUAUCGAGAUAUCUUCUGGAGGAUCAAGUCAGCAGGAGAAUCACGAAUUGUACUAGAUGUAAAACGAGAUUCUUUACGCACUGUCCUCAAACAUGCUCAACAAGUUGGGAUGAUGACUGAAAGUCAUAAUUACCUCAUCACUUCUUUGGAUCUUCAUACAAUAGAUAUGGAGGAUUUCAAAUAUGGCAAAACAAAUAUUACUGGAUUUCGAUUAGUAGACGAAAAUAAUGCCGAUCUUCAAGCUUUAGUUGUAGAACUUAAUACUAAGUGGAGUGGGUCGAGUAAAAAGCUGGACUUACCCAUCAAAACUAUUCGAACAGAAACGGCGUUAAUGUACGAUGCUGUCCAACUGUUCGCUAAAGCUCUACAAGAUUUAGAUGGAAGCAAAGCUAUAAAUUUCCCUCCUAUUUCAUGUGAUAGUGGACUGCGUGGUUUAGAUGGAAGCAGCAUUAUUAAUUUCAUGAAACCCGCCAACUAUCGGGCUAGUCUAAAUAGACGGGCCGCACCUCCCUGCAGAUGUCUCGCUAAUGUCACUGUGGCCAAUAGUAGUAUCCAAGGCCUUACCGGAAAGGUCAAAUUCGAUGAACAAGGUUUUAGAUCCGAAUUUGUGUUGGAUCUCAUUUACCUGACCAAAGAUGGUCUAGAGAAGAUCGGUGCUUGGGCUCCUGGCAAAGGAAUCAACAUUACAAAAAAUAUGUCCAAUGAAUACGACACCCUUUUACUGCAAAACAAAACGCUCAUCGUAACAACAUAUGUGAAUUCUCCCUAUGCCAUGCUCAAAGACUCAGCUGCCAAACUGACCGGAAAUGCCAGGUAUGAAGGCUUCUGCAUCGAUCUCAUUGACCAUUUAGCAAAACUUCUUGGCUUCAAGUACAUCAUCAAGGAGGUAGCGGAUAGAGCCUAUGGGAUUAAGAAUGAGACUGGGCAUUGGAAUGGGAUGAUCGGAGAACUUAUUAAUGGGGUUGCAGAUAUAGCAAUUGUUGAUCUGACGAUCACGUCGUCGAGGGAAGAAGCAGUCGACUUCACCAUGCCUUUCAUGAACACUGGCAUCAGCAUCCUUUUCAAGAAGCCUACCACUAAGGUCACAACACUCUUCUCUUUCCUUUCUCCUUUCUCUAUGGAAGUAUGGAUUUAUGUAAUGGGAGCUCAUAUCGGAGUUAGUAUCACUCUCUUCCUAGUGGGUCGCUUGAGUCCCUACGAGUGGGACAAUCCUCAUCCUUGCAGGCAAGACGAACAAGUGCUAGAGAAUAGUUUUAGCUUAAUGAACAGUUUAUGGUUCACUAUUGGUUCUCUUAUGCAGCAGGGUUCUGAUCUUGCACCCAGAGCAAUGUCAACAAGGACUAUUGCUGGUAUCUGGUAUUUCUUCACCCUCAUUAUGAUAUCAUCCUACACCGCUAAUUUAGCUGCUUUUCUAACCGUAGAAAAAGUUAUCUAUCCUGUUGAAAAUGCUGAAGAUUUGGCCAAACAAACCAAAAUCAAAUACGGCUGCUUAGGUAGUGGCUCUACUAAAGCUUUUUUUAAGGAAUCCAAAAUACCCACUUAUCAGAAGAUGUGGAACUUCAUGAACUCCAACCCGAAUGUUUUCAUGCCAAACAACGAAAAAGGAGUGGAACGUGUCAUGCAAGGCGACUACGCCUAUCUCAUGGAAUCCGCUUCCAUUGAAUAUAUUACCGAGCGAAACUGCAAUCUCACCCAAAUUGGAGGCCUACUAGACUCGAAAGGCUACGGAAUAGCCACGAGAAAAGGUUCCAAAUACAGAACACCAUUAUCCAGCGGCAUCUUAAAACUCCAAGAAGAUGGUAUUCUACAUAUUCUGAAAGAGCGAUGGUGGAAGCAGAAAAAGGGUGGCGGUAAAUGCAUGGACGAUUCCAAAAAGUCAUCCAGUGGGGUGACAGAGCUCGGUCUAGGCAAUGUAGGAGGUGUGUUCGUCGUUCUCCUCACAGGCCUAGCUUUGGCUGCCUUCGUAGCCGUCAUUGAAUUCUUCUGGAAAGCAAGAAAGCUUGCGCAUGUAGACAGGGAACCCCUCUGUAAAGAGAUGUUCCGAGAAUUGAAAUUUGCUUUAUCAUGUCGAAGUUCAACAAAGCCAGUCAUUGGUAGAAAACAGGACAAUUGUGGAGAAUUUAGAGUGUCAACUAUACCUGGAUACAGUACCCAAUACUGAAACUUAAUAACUUUUAGAUGCUUUUAGACAUUACGAUCCUAACCAAGUUGCUUGAAGCAAACUUUUGAAGAGAAAUGGCAAUCUCUUUCUCUGCAAAAAUAGCAUACUAAUAUGCAGAAAUAUAUGCAGAGCAUUUUAUAAUAUUCAUGGGACAUAAAAGUAGUAUUUUUUACCCUCAAUGAAGAUGAAUUUAGCCUCUUUUGGAUAGGUUAAACUCAUGAAGCCAUCAGCAGGAAACAAUUAAUUUUGCUAGGAGUAAUAAUUCUAUUUUACUGAAUGUAGAACGCAAUUCAAACAGAUAAUUAGGUGGCGUUUUAGAUGUAUUUGUUUAUACAAUCAGAACGAAAUAACAUUUAUUGAAACAUUUCAAAACUGCAAACAAAACACUUAGUCUUUAGAUAUCCAUAUUUGGUUUUGUAUUCGCUGUCUUUAAGAUUAAAUGCUUUUCAAUCGUGAUUUUAACAAAACAAACCUCUUUUGGUCUUAUUUCAAAUCUUCACAUACGGUUAUUACACUUGUUAAGCCCAACUUCUACGUCGUCAAAACUCUUCAGAAGGAAAUGAUUAUGUUAUGCCAAACUCUUUCAUUUCAUUACUAUCUCAUUCGAUAAGUGAAAGAAAAAAGAAAACUAUAAAUAUUUUAACAUAAUUUCGAAGUGAAAAGUAACUGUUAGAUUCUUCUGAGAGAGCAGAAUUCAGCACAUACGUUUCAUCUCAAGUAUUUAACAUUAAAAAAUAUUAUGAAAAAAACAUUCGAUAUUAUUUAAAAUUAUCUUUUGAUAUUAUCAAAAAUAAUCUGUUACAUCUGCUUGAACAAUGAAUUCUGAAAUCUUGCAUGCUAAAUUAAACACAGAUACUUUUCAAAAAAAAAAAAAAUUUUUACUUGUGUUCUAUAAUACCCAUAACUAUUUUACUAUUAGAGCUCAGAAAUCAAUGGCAAUUAAACAAAAAUUCUUAUUUUUAUGUUUACGGUGAUAAUAUCUUUGAAGUUCGUUUCUUUAUUACACCCGCAAAAGAACUCUUUUAACAUUUUUUAAAUAUAUCUGAGUGCACACGCACUGAAACAAAGUAACGAAAUAUAUUUUAGAAAAAUCUAUCAUAAAUCUUGAGUCUUUUGUUUAUAUAAGAGAAAUAAAUCAUAUCAUAUUUCAUCUCCCUUUUCUGACUCAUGCAUUAUCAGAACUUAAUUUUCAUCAUAUUCCAAGACAAUAUUAGCUAAUCCAUAGAAGAGUUUCGAAAUACUCAGUCACUAUUUGAACGUAUUAACAUUCCAAAUAUUGUAGAAAUGCCUACAAGGAGAAAAUCUGCAAAUUUCAAAAUUAAUUCAGGAAAUAAUUAGCUUUAAAAUAUUUUUAUAUGUUGUCUUUAGAUCUCAAAAAUAUUCUAUGGCUUUUACUUUGAAUUUAUAUAGAAAAAUAUAGCAGAUAAUUUCAUUUAACACAUCUUUCUGAAAUACGAUAAUAAAUGGAUCUAAACAGUCAAUAUUAGAUUAAUAAAUCGUUUUAAAAAGUUGAACUUAAUGUCUGAAUAGUUAACAACAAAAUUAGCGAUAUGUAUAAGAUGCAGAUAUAUUAGGCAAACAUCACAUGCCAUUCAUAAAGAUAUAUUAUAAAAAAUAUAUUUAAUUUAUUUAGAGUUAUAAAUAAAAAUUUUAGAAUUAUAAUCCAUGUACAUAAUUCUCAAGGUUUUUAAUAUUUAAGAAAUUAUAUCGUUGGAAAAAUUCAUUUUGGUAUUUCAUUGGCAUUGCCAAAUUCUUUACUUAGGAAACUUUAACAGAUUACUAAUUUCCUUAGAAAAAAAUUUAAAUAUUUACUUUAUAAACUUCCGGUUAAUAAUGUAGUGUCUUCAUAAUCAUAUGAAGUUUAUUAACAGUAAGUGGCAAUAAUUUUUUUGUUAUUUCUUGUCGUACCUAAAGAAAUGAACAUUAUUGAAUCAUUUGAUUUCAAUAUCGAGUGUCUUAGAAUGACAGUGUAUUUGUAAACGUACUGUUAUUUAUUUAAAUUUAUAGGCUUAAAGUAAUUAUAAUAGACAUUUUCAAUAAUUCAAUAAACAUGAUGUGCACGAAUAUAUUUAUGAAAAUUAUUUAAUUAAUUGUAAAAGCAUUCAGUUUUCACAGUUAUAGAUGAUGUCAUACUUCUGAAAACAAAACAGUUAUGUUGUAUUAUCAAAUUCCAAACUGAAACUAUACAGAGAUGAACAAUGCUAUUAUAAUAAGUUUAAAUCAAUAUAGUAGGUUUCCAAAUAUUUUAAUAACAAAAAUUUAAGAAAAACAGAAAUUUACAAAUUUGAUGUGCUUCUUCAUAUAUUUAUGUAAAUUAAUAAAAUUCUUCUGUUAUCAGAGCAAAAUAGAAUUUUCAGCAAAGUUUCGAAAAAAAUGUGUAUUUAUUGAGCAGCUCUAUAUUUUGCUUAAAGAACUCUGUACAAUAUUGCACUUUUGGAAAUUGGCUUAAUCAUUUUGUAGUGAUUCGGAAAUAUUGUGUCCGUGAGGAUGAAACAAUUCGAAACAAACAACACACAAAAUCAGUUAUCAGUUGCUUUUACGUUGAAAUUAUGUAUAACUGUUUUAGAGCAAUGAUUAUUAGAAACAUUUAAUCAAUUCAUUUCUCGCAAACUGUGUCUUUAAAAAAUGAAAACUGUAUUUAUGCAUUAUGUGAUGUUUAUUAUGAAAGUAAGAUGACAUUUUGUUGAUAAACCUAUACAUGUAUGCUUUAGUUAGAUAUUUUGCUUGUUGUAAAAGCGUUUUAAUUCAUUCUGGAAAAAAUAUGGAACUACAGAGAAGGAGAUCCAGGGGUUUCACUCUCAUAAACACUAAUGGAAAUGCGCUUAACAUUGCACUCUCCACAGGCAGGAGCGUCAUUUUUGUUGGACAUCUCUGUGAUGUGUACGUAAAAUUAUCCUGACGAAAUUAAAACCCUCACCGUCAUGGUUUUGACGUCAACAAAAAAAAAAAAAUUAGGUAUUUUCCAUACAUUUUUUAAAAAUUUCUUUCAGUUUAAAACAGAACAUUUUCCAAUUUGUACUCUGCAUUUUUCAGUCUUGACUAUAUAAUUCUGAAAAUCAUUUUUCUCUUUUCCACUGAGAGACCGAAAUCAAAAAUUUAGAACCUUUUAAAUACAAUGAAUAUCUUUCCUUUACGCAUUUGUUCUAUAUAAACAAUUAAAAACAAGCAGUAGUAUUAUUUAAGAAGUACAAAAUAGUUUUCAAAUUGUUGAAUUAUCCUUUUCCGUGAAAAGUGCUCCCAAAUCGUUUAAUUGCAAGAAUUACAGGAACAGCAAAGAAGUGCAAUUACAUUGUUAGAGGAAACUCACUAUUAAAGAACAGCUCAGAUACACUGCAGCAUCGUCAACUAUUUGCAAGAUUUUCUUAACAGGAAAAGAAUUAGCUUUUUAAUGAAGAGAUAAGAAAUGGAAAUUGUAGAGAGUUUAUAUGCUGGAUAGCACACACGUUUUUACUAAGAUAACUUCGUAUCGAUAAUAGAUAUUUUUAAAUAAAUAGGCAAUACAAAUAUCAAAACUAUGCAAUUAAAAUUCUUUUUAAAGGAGAAUUUCAUAUUAAUCUUUUAAGAGAAAAACUGCAAAAUAUUUCUCCCAAAUAGAAAUUUUCCUAUUUCAGAAAACUGUAUACAAAGGCUCAU